GCCCCUCUGUUGUGGCCGGCGUUGCCACAUCACCCGCCCUUCGCCGCCUUCGCCGGCUCCUUCCGGAGCCGACGGCGGUAGGCGCCCCGUACUCCUCGCCUCCUGCCUGGCUCCCACCCACCCCGGCUGCAGCUCACCCUUUCGGCUUUUGGUUUUCUGGGCGCCCUGCCCUUCCCCUCCCACCUCGCAGCUUGUGGCGAGGGGACGAGGGACGGGAAGGCAGGAGCCGGCCGACCUAAACCUUCCCGGCGAAGGCGGGUGGGCGAGGAGCUCCUGAGCUCUUGGGUCCCCACCCCUCGGGCAGAUCUCGCAGGACCCUCUCUCCCCCGGGGACCAGGAGAGGAAACUUGAAGUCACCUCUGGGCCCCACCUCCCGUGGAGGAAGUGAAACCAUUUCUUGGCGGCAUGGAGCUGACGGUGGAGGUCCUGGGGCCGGCCCCCUGGGGCUUCCGGAUCACGGGGGGCAGAGAUUUCCGCACUCCUAUAAUGGUGUCCAAGGUAACCGAGCAGGGCAAGGCUGCAGCUGCUGACCUCCGAACCGGGGACAUCAUCGUGGCCAUCAAUGGGCAGAAUACGGACACCAUGCUCCAGGCCGAGGCCCAGAAGAAGAUCCGCGAGAGCCCCUCGCCUCUACGGCUGCAACUGGACAGGACCCGUUCACCCUCUCCAGGUCAGACAAAUGGUGAGCGAGUGCUGGACUUGCAGGCUUCCCGUUUUCAGGGCUUGACGAGGACACGGACAGACAGUCAGGCUUCCCUGCGGUCAUCGUAUUCCAGCCCAGCAUCCCUUAGCCCCAGGGCCUGCAGCCCCUUCACCCCGCCCCCUUCCAGCCCCCCAAGCUUUCCGGGCGAGGGGCUGGUGAGCAGUCGGAGCUUCCACAGCCUGGCGCGUCCCCCUGCCGUCGUCCACGCCGACCAUCCGUCGACCCUUGGGGACCGCCCCGGCCCCAGACAGGCUGGGCCUGGCCGAGCCGGUGACUCCGCCGUGCGAGUUCUGCCUCCUGCGCCUGCCAGACCCAGGAAUUCCUUCUCCUCCAGUCCCCGACAGAGCAGGGACCCGGAAGGAGGAGCCCAGCUUCUUGAGGAGGAUUCCGAGGUCUUCAAGAUGAUGCAGGAGAACCGAGAGGGGCAGGCGGCCCCUCGCCAAUCCAGCUCCUUCCUGAUGCUCCAGGAGGCCCUAGAAGCUGGGGAGAGAGAUGGCACGACGGUCUGCCUGCCCAGCUCGCUGAGCCCACCGGUCCCCCGGCCGGCCGGGACCGCCCUGACUCCACCCCCAAAGCUGCACGUCUGUGAGAAGUGCCACAGUGGCAUCACGAACCAGGCGGUGCGGAUCCAGGAGGGGCGUUACCGCCACCCGGGCUGUUAUGUCUGCGCCGACUGCGGCCUCAACCUGAAGAUGCGCGGACACUUCUGGGUGGGCGACGAACUCUUCUGCGAGAAGCACGCCCGCCUGCGCUACCCGGGCCCGCCCACCCUCAGUGCCCGCUCCUGAAGGGCCUCGGCCGACCCCUGCCCCGACCAGCCCGCCCUGCCUUCCGCCGGGCGACCUGGGUGUUCCUGAGCGCUGGGUCGGGGCUGGGAGUCUGACGGGAGCUGAGUCGGUACCCGUCCUUGCUCCAUCCCCGCUGCCCCACACGACCCUCAGCCUAGCUGGGCCUCGCCUCAGGGGUGGGGAAAGAGGGCCGGCCUUGUGGGUGGGCUGCUCGAAGGCGGCGGGUCUUCCCUGGCGAGCGAGGCGGGCACCGGGCCAAGAGGUGAUGCAGGCACUGAGCCUGGGGCUGAGUGGGGCUCCUCAUUUAGCUGUUAUAAGGCACGCGCCGGGUACGGGGUGGGCGGCAGAGGGGGGCGGGAGCAAGGGACGGAGCGGGGGCACAUCUUUCGGAGGGAAGGAUGGGGGACGAUGCCAGGUGGAAAGGUUUCGCUUUAAAGCCACUGUGUAAAGCUUCCGUGAAAUAUAUAUAAAUAUAUAUAUAUGUAUAUCUAUGUACAAAUAAAACAGAUGGUAAUAUAUAUAUA